AUGAAGGAAUUUGAACUGUACGAUUUAAUAGUGCAACACAAACCUCCACAAAAGAUUUUCCGUAUAGAUUCUUUACUAAAGACACAUGGACAUUUAGUAAUCCGUUUACCACCUUAUAUGUGCGAGCUAAAUCCUAUAGAGUUAGCCUGGGCUACCAUGAAACGGGAAAUUAAAAAUCACAAUAUCAAAGGUGAUUUAUGUUUAACAAAACUUGAGGAAGUGACAACACAUUCUAUGAACUCUGUUACCAAAAUAGACUGGGAAGGUUUUACAAAUCACACCCUAAAACUAGAGCAGGACUUCUGGAUAAAGGAUGGAUUAAUAGAAGACGUCAUUGACCACUUUGUUAUUGAACUUGGUGGCGUGGACUCCAGUGAAAGUGACGACCCCGAUGACGACGACCAGAGUUCUUCUGAAUUAGAUCUCGCAUGUCCACUCGACUAA